CGGUGUUGGUUUGGUUUACUUUUUGGGGCCACUCACGAUAACACUCAGGCGUGGUUCCUCAGGUCUCAAACUUCGCAGCCUCGUGAGUCAGUUGGUUCCCGGCCAUACUCCAAGUCAGUGUUCUGCGGGCGAGACGUUUUGCGUGAAAAACAACCGAUCAAAAAAUGAGGAAAAUCGAGUGGGCACCCCUGAAUGUGCCCCUGCGGCGCCGCCUGGAAACCCUGAGUGCCUGCGGAUGGAUGUGCCUGUUCCUGUUCGGUGAGCUGUGGAUGCUGUUGUACUACUUCUACCUGCUGAUAUUCGGAGGACUCUACGCCAGAACCUUCUGCCUCAUCUAUGGAAUCUUCAUCUACAUAGACCGAAAAGCAGGAGUUAACGGUGGGCGAGGUCAAGGCUUGAAGUGGUUCCGGAACCUGUACUGCUGGAAGCUGCUCCAGUCGUACUUCCCGGCAAAGCUGCACAAGACAGUCGAUCUGCCGGCGGAUCGAAACUAUAUUUUUGCCGCUUUUCCACACGGAGUGCUCAGCACCGGUUGCUUCCUGAGCUUCGCCACCGACUGGACCGGCUUCUGCCACCAGUACCCUGGCAUCCGGUCGCGGGUCGUCACCCUGGACAUCCACCUGAUCGUGCCGUUCUUCCGCGAGCUGUGCUUCAGCUGGGGCGUCGCCUCCUCGUCGGAAAAGUGCAUCGUCAAACUGCUGCAAGCGCCCAACGACCCCGACCACAAGCUGAACUCCGACGGAAACACCUCCAACGCCGUCGUCAUCAUCGUGGGCGGUGCGGCCGAAUCGCUCAACUGUCGACCCAACAACUACCAGCUGGUGCUGAAGCGGCGCAAGGGAUUCUGCCGGAUUGCGCUGCAAACCGGGACGGCACUGGUGCCGGUCAUCAACUUUGGCGAGCUGGACCUGUUCGAUCAACCGUCGAAUCCGCCCGGAUCCCGGCUGCGAACCUGCCAGGAGUGGAUGAAGGCCAAAACCGGAAUCGCCCCGCCUGCGUUCAUCGGACGUGGCUUCUUCCAGUACAACUAUGGACUGAUUCCGCGACGCAAGCCGAUCAACACAGUUAUUGGAGCUCCCAUCGAGGUGGCCCGCGUUGAAACCCCAAGUGCGGAACAAAUCGAAGCGCUGCAUGCCAAGUUCUGUACCGCCCUAGAAGAUCUCUUCGAGACCCACAAGAGCUCGUACGUGGAAAACCACGAAAACGUUAAAUUAAUCGUUGACUAGUAACUACAACCAAAAACACGCACCAGCCUCGCCAUUCACCCCAAAGAAAAACGCCAAAUAACUUCACCUAUUACACUCACGAUUAUUUAUUUCUCAUAGUAAUUGCAACGUACAGUCACCGCUGUAGAAAUACAACACACUAGUUAAAAAAAAUGCGCCGCAAACGUUUGAACAUCACUGGUACACGGAUAUUGCAUGAUAUUUAGCGUAGCUUAGUUAAUUAUGUAAAGUAAAGAUAAAGCAAAAGUUCUCUAAGUUAGGGAAUGUUAAACCUCAGAACUUGAUCCACUUGAGAACGGCCGACGAGAGCUGUUCAAACUGAGCGGUGCUGCUGAACCGGUAGGCGAAUAUUCCGGCGGCACCAACGGCUGCCACGGAUGAGCAGUACAGGACGCGCGUUAGAAUCUGGAAGAGGAAGAUUUGUUCAAAUUAGUAAAAGUUAGCUCAAUAAAAAUGAAUUAGAGAACAAUACAAAAAA